ACAAAGCUACUAUAAAAAAAAUACCACACCUUUCCUAGCUGCUGCUAUUUUGAAACAGCAAGAUUUAUAUAUUCACUAAACUACUGUCAUGGCAGGUCUUGUUAGAGAGCCAGUGAAGGUGGUGAUAAUCAACACGGAGUACGUGCAGACAGAUGCGAGUAGCUUCAAGUCAGUGGUGCAAAAGCUCACCGGCAAAGACUCUGCACCGUCAGGAAAUAGGGAUGAGCUAAAGAUGGGUUUUUCGAGGAAGUUGGAAUCAAGGGAUCAGAUCAGGGAAAAAAGGGUUCGAUUGGACGUGGAUGAUAAUGCGUCAUAUGCUAGUGGUGAUCCAGUUUUGGUGAGAGAUUUAUCGUUUAAGGAGUUUGAAAUAUUGCUCAACGAGAUGCCAUCUGUGGAUGAAUUAUACCGGUUAUUAUGUGCUGAUAUUUAGCUCAUGCGCCUAACUCUUUCUUCAUUC